AUGUUCAACCAUACAUUCGCGGCGUUCGCCUCCUCCGCGGGAGCAGCCAAGCCCGCCGCCCAGCAGCCCAACACAUCGACGGCACGUCUUGCCAAGGAUUUCCGAACCGGCGAGCCGAGGACGGCGCUGGGCAACCUGACCAACAAGGCCGCUUCAUCGAGCAGCGGCAAGACGGGCAACGCGGUGAAGAAGUCCAAGAUUUCAUCUACCCAGUCCCUUACAUCGAAGGUCAAUCCCGCCCCCAAGCCUGGCCAAGAUGACGCCCCGCGAAGGAAAUCGAGCCUCGGUCGACGGAAGGAGCCCCGACUCUCAGUCUCGGCGAUGGAGAUCGAAUCGGCUGGCGUCAAUCAGAGUGUAGACAUGGGCGACCUCGAUCCUUCACAUGCCGUCUUCGUCGAUGAGGAGGAAGAAGUGGAGAGGGAGGCCGAAGUGGAAAAGGGCAUCAAGGAAGAGGAGGUGGUGGAGGCGACGAUUGUGGUACCGGUGCAGAAGGAGAAGAUACUGCUGCCGAUGGGCUGCCUGAACAUCGACGAGGUCGACGAGAACGAUCCCCAGUGGGUCACUGACUACGUCCACUCCAUUUUUGAAUACCUUCGCGAGAACGAGGUUCGCUUGAGACUGCCGCACCAUAACUACAUGGAGGUGGUGCAGACCAAUCUCACACCGGCCAUGCGAGGCAUCUUGGUGGAUUGGUUGGUCGAGGUCGCCGAAGAGUAUGAGCUUUCCUCGGAGACUCUCUUCCUCGCAGUCAACUACCUCGACAGAUUCGCAGCUACCUGCCCUGUGGAUAGGCGAAAAUUCCAGCUCGUGGGGGUCGCAUGCAUGCUGAUCGCGUCCAAGUACGAGGGCAUCUUCGCUCCCGCCGUCGACGAGUUUGUGUACAUAUCCGCCAACACCUACUCCCGAGAAGAGGUACCUUCCAAUCUCGAGAUCCGCAUCUGCCCAGCCCGCAUCUUUUCUCAAAUCCCGACCGCGGCUCCGAUAACGAGCGAACGCAAUGAUCUGACGGCUUCACCCUCACAGGUCCUGCUGAUGGAGGUCUCGAUUCUCAACGCGCUCGGCUUCACGCUGACUGCGGCCACAGCGAAGGUCUUCUUGAGGCGCUACCUCAAGGCCGCGGGAGCCGACCUCACCCUAGCUUUCCUGGCAAGCUACCUCUGCGAGAUCUCACUCCUCGAGUACAACUUCCUGCAGUACCUUCCGUCGAUGGUGGCCGCCGCCUCCGUCUUCCUCUCUUUGCGUACGCUCGAACGAGAACCCUGGACGCCCACGCUCGACUUCUACACCAGCUACCGACUUCAGGACCCGACCUUCCAGCAGUGCGUGCGCGAUCUCCAUCAGCUCCAGAUCAACGCGCCCAAGUGCAACCUGCAGGCAAUCCACGAGAAGUACGCCCACCAGCGCUUCCAGAAGGUCUCUAAGAUCGCGCCACCUCAAGUGCUGUGA